GCAAGGGGGAAUUUGAACCUGUGACCUAUCCAACAACUCGAUCUUAACAAUUAGGUCAAGACAUCUUUGGUUAUAGUGAUACAGAUAUUAGUACAAAUAAAUAGGAGAUUACACAUUUCUUUUUCAUUUUAAACCCUGCAAAUCUUAUCUUUUAGCUCAACCACUUUUAAUAUUUAAAGCACAAUCUUUCUAAACAUUUAUUUGCUCACUAACAAACAUUUACAAGAGGGAAAAAGUAUGGAUCAUCUUGCUUGGGUCGAAGGUGAAACAAAGCUAAAGUGUGAUGCAGAAAAGUUUUUUGAAGUUUGGAGUCGUAAAUCAUACCUUGUUUCUCAACUGUGCCCUCAUAGAUAUCCCAAAAUUGAGCUGCAUGAGGGAGAUUGGGAUAAGGUUGGUUCUGUCCACACUUGGACUUAUGUUUGCAAUGAGGUCGGGGAACAUUCAUUUGUCAAGAUAAGAGUUGAUGAGUUCGAUGGAGAAAAUAGGUGUGUGAACUAUAGCUACGAAGAUGGAGCAGUCAUAAAGAACCACUAUAAGACUCUCAAGUCGAAGAUCCAAGUUACUCCGCAGGACGAGGGUUGCAUUGUGAAGUGGCAUUUUGACUAUGAGAAAAUGAAUGAGAAUGCUCCUGAUCCAAAUUUGUACAUCGACUUUCUGCUUGGCACUGCAAAAGACAUCGAUGCUUGUCUUUGCAGUGCUUGAUCGAUGACAUGCCAGUGUGCCAUGUUGUCAUGCAUGCUCAUGGUGCAUGCGCUGUUAUGUUGAUUAAUGAUUUACUAAUCUAUCCACCUAGUGUUCAGCGCACUUACUAUAAAUAGAUGAAUGAUGAAUAGAUGAUACGGUUGAUCGCAUGGGGAAAGUUUGUAUCGAAUGAUCUUAAUAUUUA